CAUCGCCUCUCACCGUGAGACUGCAAUCCGAUUAUCUGAGGAGAUCGGGGGAUCCGGAGAUGGGUCUAUGUCCAAGCUGGAGUUCGUGCUUACGCCAUGGCUCCGUGCUCUUCUUGCUGCUACUCCUAUCAGUUAUGUGUUCUUCUCGGACGGCGGCUGCUCAGGCUCAGCUGCAGCCGCAGACCGACCCAACCGAAGCGGCGGCGGUGAACGCGAUAAUGGCGAAGCUAGGGCUGAAGACGCAGUCGUCGUGGAACAUAAGCGGCAACCCCUGCAGCGGCGUGGCCACGGACGACACACUGCUGGACGACAACCCAAACUUCAACCCGGGCAUCAAGUGUGACUGCACCGAUCAGAACGGCACGCUCUGCCACGUUACCAGACUGAAGAUAAACGGGCUGGACGCCGCUGGCCCGAUCCCGGAAGAGUUGCGGAACCUCACUCGCCUCACCAAACUGGACUUCAGGAAAAAUAGCUUGACUGGCCCAUUGCCAGCUUUCAUCGGCGAAUUGACUGAUCUGAUGCACAUAACCGUGGGCACCAAUGCAUUAUCUGGACCUAUCCCAAAGGAGCUUGGGAAUCUUACAAAUCUCCAAUCACUUGCAUUGGGCUCAAAUCAUUUUAAUGGAUCACUUCCAGAUGAGUUGGGAAAAUUGACAAAACUUCAGGAGAUGUACAUUGAUAGCAAUGACUUCAGUGGUCCCCUACCAGCGACAUUGUCCCAGCUUAAGAUCCUGUCUAGCCUGUGGGCAUCCGACAAUAAUUUCACCGGGCAGUUCCCCGAUUUUCUUGGAACCUUGACCAACAUGAACCAUCUGAGGCUCCAGGGGAACUCUUUUCAAGGACCGAUUCCCAAAAGUCUUUCUAAUCUUACACAGUUGAUGAGCCUGAGAAUAGGCGACAUAGUAAAUGGAAGCUCUUCAAUUGCGUUCAUAGGAAACAUGACAUCUUUGGAUGAUCUAGUAUUGAGGAACUGCAAGAUAUCAGACACACUUGCGUCAGUAGAAUUCUCCAAAUUUGUGAAAUUAACUUCACUGGAUUUGAGUUUUAAUAAUAUCACUGGCCAAAUACCUCUAUCAAUCUUUAAUCUUACUUCACUUAAGUUUAUAUUUCUUGGGAAUAAUAGCCUUUCAGGAUCUCUACCAGCUACAAAAACUCAACAACUUACCAGUUUAGAUUUUUCAUACAACCAUCUCUCAGGAAGCUUUCCUUCUUGGGUUACCCAGAAAAACCUGCAAUUGAAUUUGGUGGCAAACGACUUUGUGAUCGAUAGCUCCAACGACAGUGUUUUACCAUGGGGCUUGAAUUGUCUUCAGCGAAAUACCCCAUGUUUUCUCGGAUCUCCACAGUCUUCCUCCUUAGCGGUAGACUGUGGUGGUAGUAAAACCAUAUCAGGAUCAGAAGGUUUGAUAUAUCAGGCUGAUAAUGCAAAUCUUGGUGCCGCAUCCUAUUCUGUUGGGGGUGCACCCAUAUGGGGUAUUAGCAGCAGUGGAAGAUUCACGACCCUAUCCAACGGAAGUUCCAUAAUCUACAGUUCACACCAGUUUGAUAACACUCAAGAUUCUGGGAUGUUCCAAACUGCAAGAACCUCAUCAUCAUCUUUGAGAUAUUAUGGCAUUGGACUCGAGAAUGGAAACUACACAGUGACACUUGAGUUUGGAGAGAUUGACUCGCCUGAUCCAGAGGCUUGGAAAAGAAGAGGGAGGAGAGUUUUUGAUAUCUAUCUCCAGGGCGAGCGCAAGGAGCAGAACUUCGACAUAAGAAAGACAGCGGGAGGGAAAUCUCACAUUGCUGUAAGGAAGCAGUAUAUUGUUCCUGUGGUAAAAAACUUCCUUGAGAUUCAUCUCUUCUGGGCUGGCAAGGGUACUUGCUGCAUUCCUAUUCAAGGCUACUAUGGGCCUGCAAUAUCGGCUUUGAGCGCAACUCCAAAUUUCACCCCUACAGUGCGUAAUGCUGCGGCUAAGAAGAAAGGUAGUAAAACAGGUGUGAUUGCGGGAGUUAUAGUUGGUGUGGCAGUUUUAGGGUUGUUGGCAUUUGCUGGAAUCUUCGUGUGGAGACAGAAAAGGAGAAAACUAUCAUUGGAGCAAGAAGAGUUAUACAAUAUUGUGGGAAGACCUAAUGUCCUCAGUUAUGGGGAACUGAGGUUAGCUACUGAAAAUUUCAGUUCUAAUAACCUUCUUGGUCAAGGAGGAUAUGGGUCGGUCUAUAAGGGAAAGUUGACCGAUGGCAGGUUUGUGGCAGUAAAGCAGCUGUCUGAAACAUCUCAUCAGGGGAAAAAGGAAUUCGCGACGGAAAUAGAAACCAUCUCUCGGGUGCAACACCGUAAUCUCGUGAAGUUGUAUGGUUGCUGCCUUGAGGGCAAUAAGCCAUUGCUGGUUUAUGAGUACCUGGAGAAUGGAAGCCUAGAUCAUGCUCUGUUUGGAAAAGGGAGAGCAAACCUAGACUGGCCAACACGUUUUGAGAUAUGCUUAGGCAUUGCAAGAGGUCUGGCCUAUCUUCAUGAAGAAUCUAGCAUCCGUGUGGUGCACAGGGAUAUAAAGGCCAGCAAUAUCUUACUUGAUGCCAAUCUCAAUCCUAAGAUCUCAGAUUUUGGUCUCGCCAAACUUUAUGAUGAACGGGAGACACAUGUCAGCACGAAAGUUGCUGGUACAUUUGGUUAUCUUGCACCUGAGUAUGCCAUGAGAGGCCAUGUGACAGAGAAGGUUGAUGUGUUUGCAUUUGGCGUCGUUGUACUGGAGACUUUAGCUGGAAGACCAAACUAUUACACUACUGAGGAUCAAAACAAGAUUUAUAUUUUCGAAUGGGUCUGGGAACUAUGCGAGGACAACCACCCUCUCCACAUGCUAGACCCAAGGCUCGAAGAAUUCGACGGUGAGGAGGUGCUCAGGGCCAUCAAGGUGGCACUUCUGUGCACCCAGGGCUCGCCCCACCAGCGGCCGUCCAUGUCGAGGGUGGUGGCCAUGCUGACGGGCGACGUUGAGGCGCCAGACAAUGUGGCCAAGCCUAGCUACAUCACCGAGUGGCAGAUCAAGGGCGGCGACGACACCAGCUUCAUGAGCUCCGAGGUCAACGGGCAGUCGAGCUUGGGCCUGACGACCGACUCAGCGCACUCGUCGUUCCUGGGCCGUUGAUAUGAUUCUCAUGAUUGAGGGCUCGAUUCACGCAUCAUGGUGACUUCUUAUGCUACACACAUUUUGAGAAUGCAUGCUUUUUACAGGUAGUGUCCAUGCAGUCUGUAUGUUUCUGUAAAUGUAGGUUUAAUUUCAUUUGUUAGGGUUCAUAUUUUUAAAAUAGGACUGUAUUAAUGUCAAGAAGAUACUACCGAUUACACGCAUCGGUGCUGGAACUGUAUAGUAGUAGUAGGUAUGCAAGAGUAGCAUCUAAAAAGUUGUACAUGUACACGUGUAUUCUUUCGU